AUGUGGCUGGGGCCUGAGGAGGUGCUGCUGGCCGGCGCGCUGUGGGUCACGGAGCGAGCCAACCCCUUCUUCUUGCUCCAGCGCCGGCGGGGACACGGCAAAGGGGGCGGCCUCACGGGUCUUCUUGUGGGAACAUUAGACGUGGUUUUGGAUUCCAGUGCCAGAGUUGCCCCAUACCGUAUUCUGCACCAGACUCAGGACUCUCAAGUGUAUUGGGCAGUGGCAUGUGGAUCAUCUCGUAAAGAGAUCACAAAGCAUUGGGAGUGGCUGGAGAAUAACUUACUGCAGACUCUAUCCAUCUUUGAUAAUGAAGAAGAUAUCACCACCUUUGUCAAGGGCAAAAUACACGGAAUUAUUGCUGAAGAGAACAAGAACGAGCAGCCCCAGAGUGAAGAGGAUCCAGGUAAAUUCAAAGAGGCUGAGCUGAAGAUGAGGAAGCAGUUCGGGAUGCCCGAGGUGGAGAAGUUGGUCAAUUACUACUCCUGCAGCUAUUGGAAGGGACGUGUGCCCAGGCAGGGUUGGCUGUACCUCACUGUCAAUCACCUCUGUUUCUACUCCUUCCUGCUGGGCAAAGAGGUUACACUGGUGAUCCAGUGGGUGGACGUAACCCAGCUAGAAAAAAAUGCUACACUGCUGUUCCCUGAGUGCAUUAAAGUGAGCACAAGGGACAAUGAACUUUAUUUUUCUAUGUUUCUCAACAUCAACGAGACUUUCAAGCUGAUGGAGCAGUUGGCUAACAUUGCUAUGCGGCAGCUGCUGGAUAAUGAGAGCUUCCUACAGGACAAGUCUCUCCCGAAGCCCAGGAAGCCUCUUAAGAACAUCUCUGCAUUAAAAAGAGACCUGGAUGCUCGAGCCAAAAAUGAGUGCUACCGUGCCACUUUCCGGCUGCCCAAGGAUGAAUGCCUGGAUGGGCAUACAGACUGUACUUUGUGGACACCAUUCAACAAGAUGCAUAUUCCUGGCCAGAUGUUUGUUUCCAACAAUUACAUCUGCUUUGCCAGCAAGGCUGAGGAGGCCUGUCAUCUCAUCAUUCCUCUCAGAGAGGUGACAAUAGUCGAGAAAGCAGAUAGUUCCAGUGUCUUGCCCAGCCCCCUGUCCAUCAGCACUAAAAGUAAAAUGACAUUCUUCUUUGCCAAUCUGAAAGACCGAGAUUUCUUGGUACAGAGGAUCUCUGACUUCUUGCAGAGAACACCAUCCAAGAAACCGUUCGAGAGGGAAUGGAAGUGGAGUUCUGCUGAUCCUGGUUGCGAGGAGGUUCCAGAGCUGCCUUCCAGCAGUCCACUUGCGGUUAGCCCCACAUCUGCUCUCAGCAAUCGACCUGUCAACUUUAGUGCUGGGGAAGUGCCAACAGCCUCACAGGGACUGCUUAAACUGUUCAGAAGAAACUCUGAGGAGCUCUCAGGACCCAAAGGGGCAAAGGAGAAGAUGAAGGAAGAGUCUUGGAACAUUCAUUUCUUUGAAUACGGGCGAGGGAUGUGCAUGUAUCGCACUGCUAAGACCAGGGAGCUGGUGCAGAAAGGAAUCCCAGAGAGCCUGCGUGGAGAGCUGUGGCUCCUUUUCUCAGGGGCCUGGAACGAGAUGGUGACUCAUCCCGGUUACUAUGCAGAUCUGGUGGAAAAGUCAAUGGGAAAGUACAAUCUUGCUACAGAGGAAAUUGAGAGGGAUCUGCACCGUUCCAUGCCAGAACAUCCUGCCUUCCAGAAUGAGCUGGGAAUUGCUGCCCUCCGGAGAGUCUUAACAGCUUACGCAUUCAGGAACCCAACAAUUGGCUACUGUCAGGCCAUGAACAUUGUCACCUCGGUGCUGUUGCUGUACUGCAAUGAGGAAGAGGCUUUCUGGCUCCUGGUGGCUUUAUGUGAGCGGAUGUUGCCAGAUUACUACAACACAAGAGUAGUGGGUGCACUGGUGGACCAAGGCAUUUUUGAAGAACUUACACGAGAGUAUCUUCCACAGCUGUCAGAGAAGAUGCAGGACCUAGGAGUGAUUUCCACCAUAUCCCUUUCCUGGUUUCUCACUCUCUUUCUCAGCGUGAUGCCCUUUGAGAGUGCCGUGGUGAUCGUCGACUGUUUUUUCUAUGAGGGAAUCAAGUUCAUGUUGCAGGUGUCGUUGGCCAUACUUGAUGCCAACAUGGAGAAGCUGUUGCAGUGCUGUGAUGAAGGUGAAGCCAUGACUAUUCUGGGCAGAUACUUGGACAAUGUAGUUAACAGGCAGAGCAUCUCUCCCCCUAUUCCCCACUUGCAUGCCUUAUUGACCAGUGGGGAUGACCCACCACUUGAAAUCGACAUCUUUGAACUCAUCAAAACAUCCUAUGAGAAAUUUAGCAAUCUGAAGGCAGAUGACAUUGAACAAAUGCGUUUUAAACAAAGGCUGAAAGUGAUCCAGUCUCUGGAGGAUACAGCCAAGAAGAGUGUGGUUCGAGCUGUGUCUGGUGACAUUGGUUUCUCUAUUGAAGAACUAGAAGAACUUUAUGUAGUGUUCAAGGCAAAGUAUCUGAUGAGCUGUUACUGGGGGAAUAAUCGUGCUGCAGCUGCCCGCCGGGAUCAAAGCUUGCCCUACCUGGAGCAGUAUCGCAUAGACAUGGAGCAGUUCAAAGAGCUCUUCAUCAGCCUGACCCCCUGGUCCUGUGGGGCACACACCCCUGUGCUGGCAGGGCGCUUGUUCCGGCUUCUGGAUGAGAACAGGGAUUCUCUCAUUAACUUCAAGGAGUUUGUGACAGGGAUGAGUGGGAUGUACCAUGGUGACCUCACUGAAAAACUCAAAGUACUCUACAAACUGCAUCUGCCUCCUGCUCUGAAUCCAGAGGAGACUGAGUCUGCUUUGGAGGCCACAAGUUACUUCACAGAGGAUGUUACAACAGAAGUAUCUCCUUUUGUCUCAGAGCUGGAUUUCUGCCUGCACUGUGAAUCUCAAGAAACCCAAGAAGAUAAAGGAAGGAGAAAUGAGAAUGGUCCAGAAAAAGAAGAGAAAGGCACCAGUCCACAGGACUAUAGAUACUACUUAAGAAUGUGGGCCAAGGAAAAAGAGUCCAAGAAAGAAACCAUUAAAGAUCUCCCCAAAAUGAGUCAGGAACAAUUCAUAGAGUUAUGCAAGACUCUUUACAACAUGUUCAGCGAGGACCCUGUGGAGCAAGAGCUGUACCAUGCAAUUGCCACUGUAGCCAGCCUCCUUCUGCGAAUUGGGGAGGUUGGAAAAAAAUUCUCCAACAGACCCAUGAGGAAGUCUGAGGACUGCAAAGCAAACAGCACCCAAGAUCCUGUGAGUGAAGAGGAGUCGCCAACAUCUGAACAGAGUCAGAAUUCAGCAGUGGAGCAGCAACCCCAAGCUGACCAUGAGGACAAAACCUGCAGAGAUGUGCAGCCUGAAAAAACACAUCAGGAGAACCAAACUCUGGGAGAUGGGUCAGGGGAAGUACAAGGCUCUCCAUUACAGCUGCUAUCAGAUGAUGAAACCAAAGAUGAUAUGUCCAUGUCUUCCUACUCCAUGGUCAGCACAGGCUCUCUGCAGUGUGAGGACAUUGCAGAUGACACGGUGCUGGUUGGUUGUGAAGGCAGCAGUUCAGCUGCCAGGUAUGGCAAUACCAUAGAUACUGACUGGUCGAUCUCCUUUGAGCAGAUCUUAGCUUCCAUGCUGACAGAAACAGCCCUUGUCAACUACUUUGAGAAAAAAGUCAACAUUCUGCAAAAGAUCAAAGAUCAGAAGAAGGUAGAGAGGCAGUUCAGUUCAUCCAGUGACUAUGAACUUUCCUCGGUGUCAGGGUGAACUCAAAAAAGCAGGGAUUGCCUUUAGGAUAUAAACCAGGGAGGUAAUGUUGCAGAUGGCAGGAUGGUUUGGUACUUUGUGUUUGGGGUUCUUUUUUAUUUAAUCAGAGACCAGUAACUACACAAUUACAAUAGAUUGCAGUCGAUAAGGGGCUUCUGACAGUGACUGGUUU